AUGGCUCCACCUUCUGGCGAAGUCGAGGUUGAGAGCAUUUCUCCAUAUGGAAUUGUUCGCACCACCGUCGACGAAAAACCACUUUCAGAUGAAGAAAUCAAGAAAUUCGAUGCUUACUUCCGCGCUUGUAUGUAUCUAUGCCUGGGCAUGCUUUACCUUCGAGAAAAUGCUUUACUCAAGGAACCACUCAAGAAAGAACAUCUCAAAGCUCGACUUUUGGGACAUUGGGGUUCCGAUGCUGGUCAAGCUUUCACUUAUCUUCAUAUGAACCGACUUAUCAAGAAGUAUGACUUGAAUGCAUUGUUUAUCUCUGGUCCAGGUCAUGGAGCUCCUGCUGUCCUUUCAAAUGCUUAUCUGGAGGGUACUUACUCUGAAGUUUACCCUGAUAAGGCAGAAGAUGAGGAGGGUAUGCGAAAGUUCUUCAAGCAAUUCUCUUUCCCGGGUGGAAUUGGUAGUCAUGCGACUCCAGAAACACCAGGUAGUAUUCAUGAGGGAGGAGAGCUUGGAUAUUCCAUUUCACACGCCUUCGGCACCGUCUUUGACAAUCCCGACUUAAUCACCUUGACCAUGGUUGGUGAUGGUGAGGCGGAGACUGGUCCAUUGGCCACAGCAUGGCAUUCAACCAAAUUCCUCAAUCCAAUCACAGAUGGUGCGGUUCUACCAGUUUUGCAUCUCAAUGGUUACAAGAUCAACAACCCUACAAUCCUUGCUCGAAUCAGUCAUAAGGAGUUGGAAGCUUUGUUCGUUGGUUACGGAUGGACACCAUACUUUGUUGAAGGAAGUGAUCUCGAGAGUAUGCAUCAAGCUAUGGCAGGAACUCUCGAGCGUUGUGUGGUCGAAAUCCGCAAGUACCAAAAGGAAGCACGUGAAUCCGGCAAAGCAGUCCGACCACGCUGGCCCAUGAUCGUUCUUCGCAGUCCUAAGGGUUGGACUGGUCCAAGAAAGGUCGACGACAAACUCCUCGAAGGCUUCUGGCGUGCACAUCAAAUUCCACUUCCCAAUGUUGCAAGUAAUCCAGAACAUUUGCAACUUUUGGAGUCUUGGAUGCGCAGCUACAAACCUGAAGAGGUUUUCAACAAGGAGGGUAAAUUACUUCCCGAGUUGAAGGAAUUGGCUCCUGUUGGCAAUGCUCGUAUGAGUGCCAAUCCUGUCGGUAAUGGUGGUAUUCUUAGAAGACCACUCGAUAUGCCCGACUUCCGCAAAUACGCAUUCGAAAAUGUCGAAGCGGGUGUCAGCAAUCUUCCCAGCAUGGCCAACAUGGCAAAGCUUCUACGCGAUGUAGUUGCCAACAACAUGCAUAACUUCCGUCUCUUUGGACCUGAUGAAACCGAAUCGAAUAAACUUGGUGAGGUUUACAAGGCUGGCAAAAAGGUUUGGAUGGGCGAAUACUUCGAAGAAGAUGCUGAUGGCGGAAAUCUUGCUACUGAAGGUCGUGUCAUGGAAAUGCUUAGUGAGCAUACUGUUGAGGGAUGGUUGGAGGGAUAUAUCUUGUCUGGUCGUCACGGUUUACUCAACAGCUAUGAACCGUUCAUUCAUGUUAUCGAUUCCAUGGUCAAUCAACAUUGCAAAUGGAUUGAGAAGUGCAAUGAAGUCGAAUGGCGCGUAAAGAUGGCGUCUCUCAAUAUCCUCUUGACAGCCACCGUUUGGAGACAGGACCACAAUGGUUUCACCCAUCAAGAUCCCGGAUUCCUCGACGUUGUCGCCAAUAAGAGUCCUGAAGUUGUACGAAUCUACCUCCCACCCGAUGGAAAUUGUCUUCUCUCGUGUAUGGACCACUGUCUCCGUAGCACCAACUACGUCAAUGUCAUCGUCGCCGACAAACAAGAUCAUCUUCAAUACCUCAACAUGGAAGAUGCUCUCACUCACUGCGAGAAGGGUCUCGGAAUUUGGGACUGGGCUUCUAAUGACCAAGGUUUCGAACCUGAUGUUGUCAUGGCCACUUGCGGAGAUGUACCCACCCAUGAAUCUCUUGCUGCUACUGCACUUCUUCGAGAACUCAUUCCAGAUUUGAAAAUCCGUUUCGUUAAUGUGGUCGAUCUUUUCAAAUUGAUCCAUCAUGGUGAUCAUCCUCACGGUAUCACGAAUAAAGAUUGGGUAUCGAUUUUUACAGAUAAUAAGCCCAUCAUCUUCAAUUUCCAUUCUUAUCCUUGGCUCGUUCACAGACUUACCUAUAAGCGUCCUGGCCAAAGCAAUAUCCACGUUCAUGGAUACAACGAGAAGGGUAAUAUUGAUACGCCAUUAGAAUUGGCUAUCAGAAAUAAAACCGAUCGAUAUAGUUUGGCGCUGCACGCGGUAGAUAGUAUUGAGAGAUUGGGUAACAAGGGCGCGCAUGUUAGGGAGAAACUUCUAAAUAUGCAGAUUGAGGCGAGAAGAGAGGCGUUUGAGAAUGGAAUUGAUCCAAUUCAUAUUCGGGAGUGGAAGUGGCCUUUUCAAAAGGGUGGCAAGGAUGAGAAGAUGUUGAAGUAA